CCAGAGGAAAAAGUCCAGUGGCAGAGCACCAUGGCUUCUGACAGAGGUCCUGCAGCUGGAGAUGCCACCUUAAGGAGAAGAAUUGAACCCUGGGAAUUUGAAGCCUUCUUUGACCCCCGAGAACUCCGGAAAGAGGCCUGUCUGCUCUAUGAAAUCCGGUGGGGCAGCAACCAUGGCAUCUGGCGACAUUCCAGCAAAAACACCACCAAGCACGUGGAACACAAUUUUAUAGAAAAAUUCACUUCAGAAAGACAUUUUCGCCCAUCCGUCAGCUGCUCCAUCACCUGGUUCUUGUCCUGGAGUCCCUGCUGGAAAUGCUCCCAGGCGAUUGGAGAAUUUUUGGACCAACACCCGAGAGUGACUCUAGUGAUUCACGUAGCACGGCUUUUCCAGCACAUGGACCCGCAGAACCGGCGAGGACUCAGAGACCUCUUCACCAGGGGCGUGGCUGUCCAGAUUAUGGGAGCCGCAGAGUACGAUUACUGCUGGAGGAAUUUCGUCAACUACCCCCCUGGGAAAGAAGCUCACUGGCCCAGAUACCCACCUCUGUGGAUGAAGCUGUAUGCACUGGAACUCCACUGCAUAAAUCUAAGUCUCCCUCCGUGUUUAAAGAUUUCAAGACGACGUCAGAAUCAGCUUACAUUGUUCAGACUUGAGGUUCAGAACUGCCAUUACCGAAUGAUUCCGCCCCAUAUCCUUUUCGCUACAGGAUUGAUACAGCUUCCUGUGACUUGGAGAUGAAUAGAAUGAUUCCUUGUGUAUCUACUGUUUCAUGAACCAGCACUGAUGACCCACUAAAGAGUGAACGCCAUUAGAAUCUAGAAAAUUUCAGUUUGCGUUUCUAUAUACUAAAGACGGAUUAUCUGGAAAAGAAAGAAAGAA